AUGAAUAAUAGAAAGGGUAAAACACGAAACUUUAAGAAACAAAUUAAGUCGAAUAUGAAUAAGGAAAAAUGCGAAAUCAUAAAUGACAUUCAUUCAAGCAAUGUAGAAAUAGAAAACCGUGAUAAUAAAAGAAAUGAGAUAAUAAAUUAUAGAAAGGAAAAACAUCCAUGUUCUAACUUAUCAAAUAUGACAUUAAAUCCGAGUUCUUAUCAUGUUUCAAAUCCAAUAAAUUCACAUAAUGUAAAUGUGUAUUCAUCAAGUAAUAAUAUUAUGAAUUUCCGCAAGUAUAUAAACGACGAUAGUAGUAAUGACAUAACAAAACAAAGUAAUUUGAGUUCUAUAGAAUCGCAUACAAUGAACCUGAAUAAUUUAUACAACUUUAAUAACAUAUGUAAUGAAAUCAAUUCAUAUGGUUUUAAAUCGAAUCCAUUAGACAAUACGAAAGUACAAAAUAUGAAUUCUUCAUAUUGUAAUCAAAUGAAAUAUUCCGAUUAUUACCAACAUAAACCCUGUUUAUGUCAUAGAAGAGGUAUCUUAAAUACUUCAAAUUCUUCAGAAAAUCAGAUAAAUUCAUCAGAUGUUUGCAGCUUACAUAAAAAUGAUUAUACUAAAAUUUCCAUGAAUUUUCCUAACGCAUCUAGUUCGGUUAAUGUGGACUCUAAUGUUUAUAAUAGUAACAUAACAGCACCAUGUGUAAUGAAUUCGAAUCCAAUGAAUUAUAAUAAUGGGAAAUGGGGUUCGGAUAUUAUAAAUAUGAUGCAAACGACCAAUAUGAAUAACUUAAAAAUUAAUGACCUUAAUUUAAAUGAAAUUAAUAAAAUAAAUUUUCAAGACUCUGAUUUAUCCAUUUGUUCACAUGGAACAUCGAAAUCCAAAAAACAUAAAAGUGAUUAUUCGACAGUUCCUUAUAAUAUCCUUUCAAAUAAUAUGAAACCGAAUCAUUUUACAUCAAAUAGUGUACCAUCAAACAAUAUUUUAUCUAAUAAUAUGAUACCAAAUAAUAUUGCGUUAAACAACAUGUCUUCAAGCAGUAUUAUAUCAAAUAAUAUGGCGUCGUGCAAUAUUCCAUUGAACAAUAUGAUAUCAAACGAUGGAAUAUCAAACAAUAUAAUCUUAAGUAACUUACUAUUAAAAAGUUUAUCAAACAAACAUACUUCAAACAAUAUGGUAUCUAAUGACAUGUUAAAUAAUAUGCCAAACAAUAUGCUAAAUAAUAUGUCAAAUAUUAUGUCAAAUAAUAUGUCAAAUAAUAUGUCAAAUAAUAUGUUAAAUAAUAUGUCAAACAAUAUGUCAAGUAACAUGUCAAGUAACAUGGCUAGGAAUGUGUCAAAUAAUAUGUCUAGCAAUUUUAUUUCAAGCAACUUGUCAAAUAGCUUUAUUUCAAAUAAUAUGUCAAGUAAUUUGUUUCUAAAGAGUUUGAUUUCUAACAACUUUAUUCCAGACCAUCUAAUUCCUAACAACUCGAAUUCAAAAAACAUCAUUUCAAAUAACGUCAAUUUGAACAACUUUGUUUCAAACAAUUUUACAUCAAACCAUAUGGAAUAUAAUAAUAGAAAAAACAAAAAUUUAAUUGCUUCUUCAAAAGUUAAUACAUUAAAUAAUGAAAAUAUGAAUUCUUUAUCAGAAAAAUUAAAUCCUUUGAUUUUAUCUUCAUCUCAUAGUAUCCAUAACGAAAACCAAGUAUUCAAUAAUCUCCAUUUUUCUGAACAUAUGCAAAAAGAUAACGAGGAAAUAAAAAAUGAUAAAGUUAUAAAACAUAUGCAAGAGGAACAAAUAAAAAAAACACCAGAAGCGUAUUUAUUAAAUAACUAUUAUUUAAUGUUUCAACAGAAACUAGAAAAUCAACAAUCUUAUACGAAAAAUAUGAAAACCGAUGACCCUAUAAAAUUUAAUGAUAUAAUUAUAAACCAACAAAACAUAUGCAAUAGUAGCAUGAAAAAUUAUAAUAAUAUUAAUGAAGAAAAAAAUAAAAUGUGUUCGCAUGAAAACAUAACUGAAAAUAUGAACAUAAGUACAAUAAAGAAUAAUGAUGAUAAACAAAUAGUAGUAAGUAAACGAAGUAGCAAUGUUUUAAGACAAAUGAUUGAUUUUCCAAGUGUAAACGACAAAAUACAAAAUGAAUCCUUUGCAAAUACAAGAAGAAAAGCACGAGAAAUGAAUAUACAAAAUGACAUUUGUAGUGAGGCGUAUAAAUCUGAAACAAUUAAAGAUAGAUUAAGAUCAAGAGCACGAAAAAAAGGUUUAGAAGGAGUUGUUGGUGGUAGAACCACAGAAGCUAAUAGCCAAUCCUUAUCUAAAUACGAUUUUCUUUUGAAUAAAAAUACAAUUCCUAAUAAUACGAUUAAUUUAAGAAAUAAAAAGGAAUCAAAACAAAAUGCACAAAUAAAUAAUUCUAAAGAAACAUGUUAUCACAUAAUAGAAGAUAUAGAUAGCAAUGUAAAUGAACAGAUUACAAAGGAUAUAGAUAUGAAUGAAAUAAAAAGUAGUUUAAAAGUUGAUGAAAAUAUGAUGCGAUUCUUAUGUGCAGAUGAAAAGAAAGAGGAAAUGAAUCAAAAUCACGAGCAAGAAAAUAUUUUGGAUUGCGCUAAUAAAAAGGUAUUUAAUAAAAAUGGAAGUAGUAGAAGAAAAAGAAAUAAUGAAAUUAAAAAUAAAAAACACGAAGAAGGGAAAGAUAAGGAAGAUAAAAAUUUAAAUGACAAAGAUAUGGAAAAGACAAAUGUAGAAGAAAAUGAUAUUGAAGAGGAAAAUAUUACUGAGGAAAAUAUUACUGAGGAAAAUGUUACUGAGGAAAAUAUUACUGAGGAAAAUGUUACUGAGGAAAAUAUUACUGAGGAAAAUAUUACUGAGGAAAAUGUUACUGAAGAAAAUGAGGACAAAAAUUCAGAUGAUAAAAAUGUUGAGGAACGUAACUGUCGUGCGAGUGCACACGGUAGAAGAUUCAUACAAACACGAUCCAGGUAUAAACAGUUGUACAAUGAAAAACAUAGAAUAAAUAAAAAUAUGCAUAAUAAGCAAAUAAACAAAAUGUCACAAAUAAAUAAUCGUAAUAGAAACAUGAACAAUAUGGACGAAGAAAAAAAAAGUUCAACAGAUAUUUGUGAUCAUUCAAGAGAAAUGGAAAAUGAUGAGAAUGAAGAAAAUGUAGAAUUAGAUAAUAUAAAAGAGUUAAAUGGAAUAAUAAAUAAAGAAAAUAUAGAAAAUGAUGAAAAUAUAAAACCAGAUAUGAAAAAAAACAAAGAAAAGGUUAAUGUUAUAACAAAUGAAAGAAACAAAAGAAAAAGGGAAAAAACAAAAUGUACAGAUGAGAAAAAUGAUCAGGGAAAAGAUAAUACACAUGAACACAUGGUAGAAAAAAAAGUGAAACUUGAAGAAGAUUCUGAAGAGAUGGAAAGAAACACCAAUAAUAACAAAAUUAAUUAUGAUAAAAAUAAUAAUGAUGAGAAGAACAAUAAUACAGAUUGUACAAAUUGUACAUAUUGUGAAGAUAAUAUUAAAGAAAACAAUAUAAUAUUUUUAAACGGUAAUGUAGAAAAUAUUGAUAACGAUAAAAAUAAAUUAGUAAGUGAAACAGUUGAAUGUACAAAUGAUAUAAAUGAAAAGAAGAAAAUAGGAGAACAAAUUGCAUGCACAAAUAAUGACAAAAUGUUAUAUUCUGUAAAUGUUAUAAAUGAUGAUUUUAAUAUGAAAAAUGUGGUGGAAUUUUUGUCUCAUAAUGAUGUUGCUAUAAAGAAAGAAUUGAAUUAUUUAAAUAUAGAAAAUAAAAUACAUGAAAGAGAAUAUAUAUUAGAUAAUAAGAAAACGUUACAUAUUGAUAACAAAAAAAAUAAAGAUAUUUAUUAUAAUAUUGCGAAAUCAGGUAUUGAUGAAAAUAUGAUUAAUAGUAAUUUAUUUGAUAAUUAUGAUAAUAAAAAUAAUGUGAGAGAUUUGCCAAGAGAUUUAUAUUCUUCAACAGAUGGUACUAUGGAUAUCAUAAUUAAUAAGAAAAAGAAAAUAUGGUUAAAUAUAGGUUGUAUUAAUUAUAUGGAUAAUUUUGUUGGGAAAGGAUCUUAUGGAAGUGUUAGAAAAGUUUUAUAUAAUAUAGAUUUAAAUAAUGAGUAUUUAAAAUUUUAUAUGGAUAAAAUAAAUGAUGUAAAAUUUCUUAAAGUAUUAACACACACAUGUCAUAUGAAAAAGGGUUUAAAAUAUCUUGUAGAUAAAUAUGAUAUAGCUUCUGAUUCAGAUUGUGUUAGUUAUUGGAAUGAUUAUUAUUUAGAAUUAAAGGACCACGUGGAUGAUGAAAAAUAUGAAGAGAUAACAAAAGAAACAAAAAAUGUACAAAAAGUACAAGAUGAAAAAAACAAAGACAAUGAAAAAUCGAUAAAUAAAAAUACGAACAAACUCAAUGAAAAGGAAUUAGUUAUUUUAGAAUCGGAUUUGAUGUUAAAUAAUAAGUUAGAUAAUUGCUUAUGUUGUCAUAAGAAAAGAUAUUUUGAAUUGGCAGUAAAAGAAAUAGAUAUAAGUAGAAAAGGUAAUGAAUUUCAAUUUUUAAGAGAACAAGAAUUAUUAUGUCAUUUUAAUUGCAAUGUUAUUAAACCAUUAAGUACAAAAAUAGGACAUUUAAAAGAUAAACAGAAUUAUGAAAUAUUAAUGCAUUGUGCUACUGGAGAUUUAAGAAAAUUAUUACAAAAUUUAUUAUAUCAUAGAAAAAAAGAAUAUGAAAAAAAAAAAAAAGUAAAUAAAAUAUUAAAAUUAAUUCAUAUUUUGUUUGGAAGAAAAUAUCAUUGUUUUGAGAGUUUAUAUAAUUUUGAAUGUAUAGGAUUAUGUUAUAAAAAGUUAAAAAAUAUGAAAAUGAAAAUAAAUAAUAAUACUAUUGAAAUAAAAAAUCCAGAAUUUGAUUAUAUAUAUGAAAAUGUUAAAGAAUAUAAUUGUGGUUUAACUGAAUCAGAAUGUAAGUUCUUAUUUUUUCAAAUAGCAAGUGGUAUUAGUUUUAUUCAAACAUGUUAUCAAUCUAAUAUCGUACGUUUAACUGAUAUAAAAUUACAGAAUAUUUUGGUAUUUACUGAUUCAUAUAAUAUAUAUAAUCCAUUAAAAUGGCAUUUAUGUAUAUCUGAUUUUGGUUGUUCAGCUAUGGAAUAUGCUACUUAUUAUUUAGAAAAUUCAAAAAACUUUAUGAAUGUAUAUAAAACUUUAUUAAAUCAAUGGAAAUAUGAAUUUAAAAAUCAGUUAUCAUCAUAUUUCCAAGGUACUGUUUAUACUAUGGCACCUGAAGGUUUGUGUUAUGAUCAUAAUGGGAACUAUAGGCAAUCCAAAUAUAAUCAAUUAAUUUAUUUUUAUGAACAAAAUUUUGGUGAUAUUGAAAAAAGAUUUGAAGAAUUGCAAAAACCUCCAAUAUCUAUUAAACAUACCAUGCAUAAUUUGAAGGUAUUAAAUAUCAACUGUAAUGUAAAUUUUACUUUCCUAAAUAAUCAUCUUCAAAAAUAUAAUAAUGAACAAGAUGAAAAAACGAUACAAGAAAGUACGGACACGAUAAAAAAGGAAAAAAAUACGCUUACUUGUAAAAAAAUCAAUAUGGAUAAUGAAACUAAUGGAACAAAUUACAAAAAUUAUAAAAAUAAAAAUAAUAUGAGUGAAAAUUUAAAUAUCCCAUCUGAAUCUAGUAGUACGAACAAUAGCAGUACUAAUAAUUAUAACAAUAGUAAUAACACAUCUGCAUCUACACAAUACUCGCCCUUUGACAUCAGAUGUGAUAGUUGGUCAUUAGGUAUAAUUCUAGCAGAUCUGGCAAAAUGUGGUGUGAAUUCAUAUGAAUAUAUGAUUAUGGAUAACUACCGUGAAGAGGAUAAUUUAUUUAAUGAAAAGAUGGAGAUCCUUAAUAAUAUUAUCUUAAAAGAUUUAAAUGUUUUAGAAGAUGACGAAAUGUUCUAUAUAAAAUAUAUUAUGGAUUAUUAUGACAUUGUAAGUUUACAGUGGGGUGAUGAAAUAAUACAAAAUGAACGAAUAAAACAUAAUGUGCAUAUGCAUAAAAAAAUUGAUACUAAUGAAAGUAAAAAUAAAAAUAACAAUAAUGAAAUUAAUAGGGAUAAUGCAUAUAAUAUAUAUGACAAGCAUAAGAAAAACCAUGCAGAUAAUAAUAAUAAUAAUAAUAAUAUUAUUAUUUCUACCAACACAGAUGAAACAAAUAAAGAGAACAAAAAAGUUCAUGUAAAGAGUUGUAAUAAAAAGACACCACAUAAUAGCGAUAUGUGUCCUAAUAAUAUUCGUUCGAGCUCUAAUACUGUCGGUAUGGUAUUCAACAAAAAUGAAAUAUACCUUAAUUCAUUGAAGAAAGAUGAUGAAAAGGUUCAUGUAGAAAAUUCAGAAUCAUUUACUCAACAUUAUAAAUCAUUAAUAUUAAAAUACAAAAAAUAUAUAAAGAAUGACAAAUUCAUUCAAAUUAAAAACGAAUAUGUACAUUAUUAUAAAAUUUAUAAAAAAUAUUUAAACGAAGAAAACAUGCGAAGAUAUCUUUUAUUAGCACUUUUAUUGAUGAAUAAUAAUAUAUCUUAUAAAAGAUGUAAUGAAAUUCAAUCUUUUGCAAAAGUUGAAUUAACCAUAAAGAACAUUGGUUCUGGUAUAUUUAAAUUUAGAAAUAAAAAAGAAAAAGAAAAUUAUAUAAAAGAAUUUAAAAUGAAUGUUCAGAAUGAUAUGAUGAAUCCAAAUAAAGAUUAUUGGCAUAGUAGACUAACAAAUAAAUAUUUAGCUUGUAUAUUAAAAGAUAUAUGUCAUGAUGAUUUUUAUAAUAGAAUGAAAAAAAUAAAAAAAAGUUUCAAUAAAUAUGAAUUACCAUUAAACUAUAGUGAUGAAUAUUGGGAUCUAUUAACUAAUCUAUUGAACUAUGUGCCAUCCGAAAGAUUAUUAGCUUGUGAAGUUCUUGGACAUGAUUUUUUUUCUGAGCAUAAUGAAAAAAUUCAUAAUAUUAUUAAAGAAAAUAAUCAUGAAAGAUAUGUGGAGUUAUUUAAAGAUGAAACUUUUUGUGAUACUUUGUUAAAAAAUUACAAACAAGAAAAAAAAGAAAAAAAUUAUAUAAGUAGGCCUUUCUUCCAAGAUUUGAGAAAGAAGUUGGAUGGUGUAUAUAAAGAAGAUCAGAAAAAAAAUAUUCAAUCAGAUUAUAAAUUAAAAUUGAAAAAAUGCUCUAUUCCAUUGGAAAUAAUUAGAAACAAAAUAAUUUUAAACAAGCAAAAUUCAGAAGAAAAAUGUCAUAAUAAUGAUAACUGUUAUAUUAUUGAUACUACAAAUAACAGUAAUAUUAAUAAUAAUAAUAAUAAUAAUAAUUGUAGUAAUAAUGUUUUAAGACAUAAUAAAAAAAGUGAUAUUUUUAAUAAAAAUAUAGUUAACCAAAUAAAUAAUAAUAAAACUAUUAAAUAUAUAAUUUUAAUGUAUGAAAUUAUUAUUAAGAAUAUGAAAAAGAAAUGUGGCAUGUGUAAUGACAUAAAAAAUUGUUUAAAUUAUAAACAUAUAAUAAAUAAAAUUAAAAAUUUAGAAAAUUUAAUUUUAAAUUUCCAACUAAGUAAAAAAAAUAUUAUAUGUGAUCACAAAAAAAAAAUUAAAAUACCAAUGUUAUAUUUAAGUAAUGUAUGUAAUAAUAUAUAUUACUUUUUAAAUGAUUAUUCUAUUUUUGAAGAAUUUAAAAAUUUAGAUAUAUUUAUGAAUAUACAUUUACCAUUUGAACAUUUAUCUUUACCAUUGUGUGAUGAAAAAACAUUUCGAAAUAAAAAUUUUGCUAAUUUUUAUUUUAAACCGAUAUAUUAUUAUUCAUUACCAUAUAAAAUUAUACAUGCUUGGUAUACCGGACCUGCACAUAUUUAUUUUAAUCAUCCAUAUAUACCUGAUUUUAUCAAGCUUAUUUGUUUAAGAGAAAAAAACGUUUUAAGAAGAAAAGAAAUUAUCUUUUGGUAUGAUGAAGAUAUUGUCUUAAAUAAUAUUCUUAAAAUUAAAGAUAUUCUUAAAUGUUCAAAUGAUUUCUUAUGUACCCCUUAUGUUUCUCAUUUAAUAGGUAAACAGCUUAUAUUACGAAAAUAUUUUAUUACCAAAUUUUUUAACGACAAAAUGAAACUUUAUAUUGAUAAUUAA